GGAGCCAAAAGUACAGGAAGAGCUAAACGAAAGUAAACGAGUGUAAACAAAAUGGAAGAUACUAUUAUUGCAAUUCUAAAAAACCGAAGGAUGUUUAUAAUGUUAUUAAAAUGAACUGCAACGCGUGUUGUAUCUGUAACCUGCCUUUUCGGCUUUUCCUUGGCUUUCUUCUGAUACAGACUGACUGCCUGGUACUACAAGUAAGAAAUGAGGAGCUUUUUAUACAUGACAGAGGUAUUCUACAGUGCUACAUACAUGGUAUGAACAGCACAGAAACACACGUUGAAGAUCUAAUGGUCCAAUGGAAAGUGACAAGCAGUGGAGGUGAUAAGGUGCUAUACACCUUUAAGUCUGGGAAACAUGACGCAAAAAGAGACGGAGCGAAAAUAACAGAAGGUGAAUUGCGAAAAGGAAAUGCCUCUCUUUCGCUGCCCAAUGUCCAGGUAGACGACGAAGGGGACUAUCAUUGUAUUGUUUGGUUCAACACUUCUAAAUCUGAAGAUAAAUUAAAAGUUAUUGUAUCUGCAAGACCACAAAUUAAUCUCACACCAAAGGAAGUUCAUCUUUUGGUUGGUAAUGAGAAGUCAUUGGACUGUACAGUACAUGGAUAUUAUCCUAAGAAAAUUGGCAUCACCUGGAAAAGAAUCAAAGAUGGGGUGGAGACUGCUGUUAUGGGUGAUGUGUGCACCGGAGCUCCGACUAGCAACGACGAUGGAACAUACAACAGAAGGAGCCGUUUGAGGCUUCUGCCCUCCAUUGAUGACAAUGGAACUGUGUAUACCUGCGAGGUGAUUCAUAAGACAUUAUUUAAACCGGCUGUCACUGAAUCCACGCUGUUUGUUGAAGAACCGAGAGAUAUGCUGCUAGAUCUCUUACUUGUUGUCACUGGGAUCGGAGCUGCAGUGAUUGUGGUGUUGGGACUUCAUUGGCACUUUAGAUUCAACGGAGGUUCACCACCAGUUAUUGACAUUGUCACACCGGAUCAACUAAAACAUAAAGAAAAAACAAGGUUGUCCUGCCAAAUGUCUGGAUUGCGAUCGAAAUGCAUAAAGUUAUUUUUGAAGCUGAAAAGAAGAAAACACGAUUUUAUCAAUAUUUUUGAAUGGGAAAACAAGAGUGCAAUCGUUACUCGGAAGUGUGACAACACUGAUGAAACCAUCAUUCCUUUAAACAGUGGCAUGGGGUCCUGUGAUCCAGAGAGUUCUUUUAAAGUGAAGAUCGCCAGCACAAACUGCUACAGCGAUGGCACCUACAGCAUUGCCUGUGAAAUAUCUGUGCUCCCAGACUAUUACACAGACCAUGAUUCUGAGCUGCUUGUUGAACUCCAUGAUGGACAGCAGAAUCCAGUUCGGAAAUCUAAAAAAAUCUGUGUUUCAGGAGUGAAGCCCAGGAUGAGUGGAAUCAUAAUGCCUCCUGUCGUGAACCAUAAUGAAGUUGUGGCUUUGACAUGCCCAAUAAUUGGAUUCAAACCUAGACCGGCAACCAUUACAUGGUACAAAAUUGACCGAGACGGGCAGAAAAGAGAAAUCGUAAAAGUUGAUGCAGAGAACAAACAGACAGUUGAAGCAGAUACAGGAAAAAGGGCCAAGUAUUCUCAUAGCCUAGGUGAAAUGCAAGCCGAUGACGCAACAAAUGAUGUCAUGAGUGUUUUGAUUUUUUUGCCAACUCUGAAAGAAGAUGAUGAUUCCACAUACAUCUGUAAAGUUUACCAUGAAGCUACCAAGUACACGCUAGAAAGAAAAGCGAUUCUCCAAGUGAAAGCUGCACCCAAACUGGAUUUUGUCCAGUUGUCACCAGAUGUGCCAGUAGCCAACAGCCCGCUGACCCUAUCCUGCAAAAUACACUCCUACUUUCCAAAAGACAACCUUGAGGUGUUUUGGUAUUACGAUGGUAAACUAAUGGAAGAGGGAACAAACGUUGGUGCAGUGAGCACCACAAAAGACAAUUUGCAUUACUGUACAAGCGCCUUCAAUUUCACUCCAACUUGGAAAGAUGUUGGCAAGAAGUUUACUUGUGAGGUUAAACACGGAGGUUUGUUGCAACCAAAACAUAUGCACUGGACUUUGGAAGAACUCGUUUUGGUUCCAACUGUUACUGAAAUUUUAAGUGACCCUCCAUUACCAGAGCUAGGGAAGCCAGUGACGUUACACUGUUUGCUAAAGAAUUACUACCCUAAAGAUUGCACUGUUGCGUGGAUAAGGGGAUUCGAAAGAAUUGACGAUAGAGAGGAGAUCAGUGAGCCUGUAUUCAACAAAGACACAAAACUCUAUAGCAGAGAAGUUCACAAAACAUUUAUACCAACAAUCGAUGACAACGGAACUGAGUUUACUGUGGAGAUCGUUCAGAGUGGAGUCACGCACAGACCACCCAAUAAUGGGUACACCAUGCUUUUAAAAGCUCAGUCUCCGACUGUAUCCAAGAUCUCAACCAUAUCCCUGAUGCACCAGAAGUCAGUAAAGCAGUAAGACUCGGCAUUUCUAUAGCUGUUUUUUCACCUGGGGACCUCACUGUAAAAUGGUACAAGGAAUUGGGAACAUUUGAAAGCAAUCCCAGUACUACUGAACCUGAAAUUGCUAAAAAUGGCCUGUUCUGUGCUAAAAGCUACAUAGACCAUACCAAAAGCCACUGGGCAGGGAUGUGGCAUCACAUGUGAGAUUGCCCACCACUUUACAGAAGAAAAAAUAGAAAGAAACUUCAGGCUGUUGCUCAAAGGUUUUGUAUUGAAGCUGUUCUUUUGUCUCUCAGAAAUAGUCUUGAGCUGCAGAACUUAAUAAUUUGAGAAAAAGGAACAUUAUACUGAUCAGCAGAUAUGAUUGGUUUUUGACUAAAGACAAUUGUGUAAAAUAUUUUCCCUGUUGAGUUUCACUAUGUGUCCCAAUUGACAUAUUAUGCUGCUAUUAAUUGAACUUUCCUUGUGUUUGGUGAGUGUUCAUAGUAAAUUAUUUAUCUCUUUGAACUUAAAUAAUAUAUAUUUUUUUAUUGGAACUAAUAAACUUCAAAUAAUAAAUCAAUUGUUUCUA